CAACAAUGGAUCAAUCUUUAGUGUACCUAGUUUAUGGACGUCUGGGUUCUUCUACUUGGAUUGCGCGCACGCCGUAGUGUUUAACUGGAAAUAAUUUGUUCCCGAGUGUCAGUUCUGCGAAAUACUUUCUAAAAUGCAACCCCAAAUAAUCCUUUUAAAAGAGGGAACAGAUGCAUCCCAAGGAAAGCCUCAGCUUAUUUCCAAUAUAAAUGCAUGUCAAAUGGUAGUUGAUGCCGUAAGAACAACGUUGGGUCCUCGUGGCAUGGACAAACUCAUAGUCGAUCAGCAUGGAAAAGGAACGAUUUCUAAUGAUGGUGCCACCAUUUUGAAGUUACUGGACAUUAUUCAUCCAGCUGCAAAAACUUUAGUCGACAUCGCUAAAUCGCAGGAUGCUGAGGUUGGCGAUGGCACUACCAGUGUUGUACUGCUUGCUGGUGAAUUCCUUAAACAAAUGAAACCAUUCAUUGAAGAAGGAGUACACCCACGCAUCAUAAUUAAGGCUUUCCGACGUGCUGUUCAAUUAGCCGUGGAGAAAAUUCAAUCAUUAAGUGUCAAAAUUGAAAAAUCAAAUAUCCAGGAGCAAAGAGGUCUUUUGGAAAAAUGUGCGGCAACUGCUAUGAGUUCUAAACUCAUUCAUCAACAAAAGGACUUUUUUAGCAAGAUGGUCGUUGAUGCUGUGUUACUGCUUGAUGAUUUACUGCCACUUAACAUGAUAGGUAUAAAGAAGGUUUCAGGUGGAGCUCUUGAAGAAUCACUGCUAGUUGCUGGUGUAGCAUUUAAGAAAACCUUUUCGUAUGCUGGUUUUGAAAUGCAACCAAAGAAGUAUUCACCAUGUAAAAUUGCACUAUUAAACAUUGAGUUGGAACUUAAAGCUGAACGAGAUAAUGCAGAAGUACGCGUUGACAGUGUUUCUGAAUAUCAAAAGAUUGUAGAUGCAGAAUGGCAAAUUCUGUAUCAAAAACUUGAGAAAAUUCACAAAAGUGGAGCAAAUGUUGUUCUUUCAAAAUUACCAAUCGGUGAUGUCGCAACCCAGUACUUUGCUGAUCGGGACAUGUUCUGUGCUGGCAGAGUACCUGAUGAAGACUUGAAAAGAACAAUGAAAGCUUGCGGAGGUGCAGUUAUAACAACUGUUUUCGAUAUCUCUGACGCUGUUCUUGGAAAAUGUGAAUCAUUCGAAGAGAAACAGAUUGGAGGGGAAAGGUUCAAUUUCUUUGCUGGUUGUCCAAGUGCAAAAACUUGUACUUUCGUAUUGCGCGGAGGUGCAGAGCAGUUCUUAGAAGAGACCGAACGAUCUUUGCAUGAUGCAAUCAUGAUUGUACGACGUAUGAUUAAGAACGAUGCUGUGGUUGCUGGAGGUGGAGCCAUUGAAAUGGAACUUUCACGAACUCUGCGAGAUUAUUCUCGUACAAUUGCAGGAAAAGAGCAACUUUUAAUUGGAGCUAUUGCUCGAGCUCUUGAAGUCAUACCCAGACAACUGUGUGAUAACGCUGGGUUUGAUGCAACAAACAUCCUUAAUAAAUUACGACAGAAACACCACCAAGAUAAAUGCUGGUAUGGGGUUGACAUUAGCACUGAAGAUAUAGCUGAUAACAUGGAGGCAUGUGUCUGGGAGCCAGCAGUUGUUAAAAUUAACGCUUUAACUGCAGCGUCCGAAGCAGCUUGUCUUAUUUUAUCUGUUGACGAGACAAUUAAGAAUCCUAAGAGCAGCAAUGGAGAUGUACCUCAGCAAGGUCGUGGAGUUGGCAGACCUAUGUAAUUGAGCACGAAUCUAAAUGGAUCUGGCCGGAUCAAAAUGAAUGCUUAAAUUGUGCUUCAUGUAAUGCAUUCACUGUUCCGUUAUUUAAAAUAGAUCCCACGCCUCUAAUGUUUUACAGCAAAUGUUUUCUUUUCUUGCAAAACCACGAGAACGCGUUCAUCUUUUUACAUAGUUAUGGUAUUAAGAAAGAUUUCAAAUGAACUUUUCUACUUGAAAUUCCAAUAUAAUUAAUGAAACUAUAUCCAUUAAUAUUAAUCACAGCAUUUGUAAUGUUAAGCUUCCCAUCCUGCAUAUAGAAACACAUAUUAUACCUCUAUUUGUAUGGAAUUAAUAAAUAUUCGCUUAAAAAGUUUCAAAUUUAAUAAAAAUCUUAAACUUA